AUGGCUGCAGAGCCGGUGGUUGAACCCGAGCCCGAAGGGCCUCUUCGUGUGAGAAGGCACCGCUCCGCUUUGUGGCCUGAGGAUGGGGCUUUGAGCAAAGCCCUGGAGGAGAGUGGGGCUGUGCGAGCUGCUUUCCGAACGAACCGCAAUCAUUUGCUAGCAUGGCCAUCGCCGGAGUUAGUGGGUGUUGCUUCUCUGAAGUCUAUGGCUUUGAAUGUUGCGGUGCUAAGUGUUGCUCUGGAAGUCUGGGCUUCAACAAGCCCCAUCUGCAAGACUAUGUCGGUGGACUGGCUCAAGGCCGAGGUGACCCAAGUGCACAAGCUCUUGAACCCCGGCAUAUCCAGCAAAGCAGUUGGGAUCUAUGUCGAUGCCUGGGGCCUGAAGCGACUCGCGACUUUGGCUAUGCGCCGAUGGAAGGCACCGAUCACGACUUUGCGAGAUCGAUCUCUACAUGUCCUCUUCCAUAUCAUGACGGAGGCUUGGGGAGAGUAUGCUCCUGAAGCCGAUACUGGCGAUAUGGUUGCUGAGAAUGAUGAUUACUUGGAUAACGGGGAUGAUGAUGCUGGGGCUGCAGCAGCCGAUGAUAUCCCCGAAGAUGCAGAUGCAGGGGCUCCAAUGAGGGCGCUAUGUGAUCUGGAAGCAGCGGCUCCUGAAAAUGCCGAGGCUCUAGAUUCAAUGGCUCCAGAAGCCAGUGAUGUCCCCGAGGUCGCAAAUGCAGUGGCUCCAGAAGCCAGUGAUGUCCCCGAGGUCGCAGAUGCAGUGGCUCCAGAAGCCAAUGAUGUCCCCGAGGUCGCAGAUGCAGUGGCUCCAGAAGCCAGUGAUGCCGCUACGGUUUCGGCUGCCUUAGAUGACCAGCUUGUUUCGAUGCAGGGUCAGCUGGAAGCCCUACAGCACCUAGGUAGCACGUUACAUCGGCCAUGUACCCUAAACCCCAAGAUCCUAAAGCUUAUGUUUCAAAGUUAA